AUGCUUACCCGUGCUGUUCGUCCGGCCGUGAGGGCUGGUGCUGUUGCGGUUACCCGCACUGCGCCCCCCAACGCCGCCAACUUCGCGACCCUCCGUGAAAUCGAAGGCCGUCUGAAGUCCAUCAAGAACAUCAAGAAGAUCACCAACACGAUGAAGGUCAUUGCCUCUACCCGUCUCACCCGCGCUCAGAAGGCCAUGGACGAAUCCCGUUCCUACGGGCAGACCUCUAACACCCUUUUCGAGCAAGCUGAGACCAAGGCCCUCGAGGAUAAGAAGACCCUGCUCGUCGUCGCCAGCUCCGACAAGGGUCUUUGCGGUGGUAUCCACUCCGGUCUCAGCAAGGCCACUCGCCGCGCCCUCCAGGAAUUCCCCAACUCCGACCUUGUCAUCCUCGGUGAGAAGGCCAAGGCUCAGCUGUCUCGUACCAACCCCGGCUCCAUUGUCCUCAGCUUCGCCAACGUCUGCAAGGACAUCCCCACCUUCGCCGAUGCCCAGGCUGUUGCGGACCAGAUCGCUUUGCUGCCCACCGACUAUGCCAGCGUUAGAAUCAUCUACAACAAGUUCGUCAACGCGCAGAGUUACGAGCCUGAGACCGUCGAGGCCUACUCUGAGGAGGCCAUCACCCAGUCCCCCAACUUCUCUGCUUAUGAGGCUGACGAGGAAACCCUCUCCAACCUCCGCGAGUACGCUCUCGCGAACAACUUGUUCUGGGCUAUGGCUGAAGGCCACGCCUGUGAGAUCUCGGCCCGCCGUAACGCCAUGGAGAACGCGUCCAAGAACGCUGGUGAGAUGAUCGACAGGUUCCAGAUUCUGUACAACCGACAGCGUCAAGCCGCCAUUACCGGUGAACUGGUUGAAAUUAUUACCGGUGCCGCCGCCAGCGCUGAAUAG